GCAAGGGCCUUGGCGCGGGGCAUUGUGGGAGGUGGACGCCGCUCCGGGGCGGGUAGGUGCCCCAGGAUGGAGCCCCCACGGGGCGUGGUGGUGGGGCAGCAGGAGCAGGAGGAGCGGGAGCUGCUGGCACGGGCCUUCUUCUCCUGGGCUGAGUUCAGCCGCUUCUUCGACGCGUGGUGCCAGCAGCGGCUGGCGCUCUUCUUCAUCCAGAGCUCCAUGCACCUGACGCGCUGCCACUGGGCCAGGCUGCCCCCGCUGUACACGCUCAUCGACGUGCUCAAGUACAGCUACGUGCGGCUGGUGUGCAAGGACGUGCGUGCUCCCAGCCGGCCCGCCAUGGGGCACCACGAGGCGGGCUGCCCUGCCUUCAUCAUCGUCAAGCUGAGCCCCCUGCGGGACCGCCUGGUGGUGACGGAGUGCCAGCUGACCCACUCGCACCCGGCCUGCCCCAUCGAGUUCGCCUACUACUUCCGCCCGGGCCGCCUGCUGGCCAACACCUGCCUGCCGGUGCGCACCACCAACAAGAUCUCCAAGCAGUUCCUGGUCCUGGCCGACGUGCACCGCCUGCUCUCCUACUGCAAGGACCGUGACCACAGCGUCAUCGACGCCCUGCGCGUGCUCCAGGGGCUCUUCCACAAGGACCCUGAGGCCAAGGUGAAGCUGGUGUUCAUGGAGAACCAGGCGGUGGUGGAGACCGUGUUCUUCCUGACGUCGCGCACGCGGGCGCUGCUGCGGCGCUUCCCGCGCAUGCUCCUGGUGGACCGGCUGCCGGGACUGCAGGGCGCCCUGGACCUGCUGGCGGUGCUGUGCGUGGACGGCGCGGGCCGCGCUCGCCAGGCUGCCUGCUGCGUGGCGCGCCCGGGCACGCCGAGCCUGCUGCGCUUCGCGCUGGCCUCGCUGCUGCAGAGCGUGCCGGACGUGAAGGGCCGCGUGCGCUGCCUGACGGCGGGGCCCGAGGUGACCGCGCAGCUGCCCGCCGUGCGCCAGCUGCUGCCGGGCGCGCGCGUGCAGAUCUGCCGCGCGCAGGGCCUGGAGACGCUCUUCAGCAAGGCGCAGGAGCUGGGCGGCGCCGGCCGCGAAGACCCCGGCCUGUGGCCCCGCCUGUGUCGUCUGGUCGGCGCCUUGUCGCCGGCCGCCUACGCCGAAGCGCUGGUGGAGCUGCGCGCCCACGGCCCCGCCGCCUUCGUCGACUAUUUCGAGCGCAACUGGGCGUCUCGCCGCGACAUGUGGGUGCGCUUCCGCGCCUUUGAGGCAGCCCGCGAUCUGGACGCGUGUGCCCUGGUGCGCGGCCACCGCCGGCGCCUGCUGCGCCGCCUCAGCCCGUCGCGCAGCAUGGCGCAGUGCCUCCGCGACCUGGUGGCCAUGCAGUGGGCCGAUGCGUCCGGAGAGGUGGCGCUCGACGGCGGCGGGGGGCCUUGGCUGGAGGGCGAGCGGUGGCGGGGAGCCCAGGUAGAGGAUGAGAGAGCCAAGGGCCGGGAGAACGGAGACUGGGGAGGGGCCCCCACUGAAGGAAGUAUUUGGAGAGGCGCCCAGUUAGAGGAGUGGGCCAGGGAACUGGAGACCAGAGACCGGCGCGGGGCUCAGUCAGAACGGGAGAAGGAGAGAGGAAUGCAAAUCCGAUAUUGGAGAGGGGUCCAGCUGGAGAACCAGAAGGUGAGGGGACUCGAAGGGAGUGUCUGGAGAAGGUCCCAGCUGGAGAGCGAGCACCGAGGCUGGAGGGGGGCCCAGCUGGAGGGUGAGAGUGACUGGGGACUAGAAGGUUACGUCUGGAGCGGGGCCCACGUGGAGGACCAGGGGCUGAGAAGUUUGGAAGGGUACACCUGGAGGAUGGCGCAGUUGGAGGACCGAAGGGUGAGACCUCUGCAGACCGCGGACGGGAGGACCCAGUUCGACUGGGCCAGGGCCAGGGGCCUGGAAGGAGGCAGCUGCAGGGGCGUGCAGGGGCCUGAUGCAAAAGUCCCUGGACUGAAACCCAGAGACCAGAAGGGGCUCCCGGUGGAAGCGGAGAAGGGAGGGAGGGUGGAGGUCAGGAACUGGAGGGGGGUCCAUUUGGAGGAGCCCCCGGAGCCGGUCCCUGAGAACAGAGACCAAAGGGCGCCCCACUGGGGACAGGAGAGGAGAGGGCCAGAAAUUAGAGAAGAGAGAGGAGUGUGGCCGGGGGUCAAAAGGAGAAGGGACCUGGAGGACGUCGUUCUGGUCCAGCUAGGGGACCCCCGGGUGACAGGCCUAGAGAAUGGAGAGGGAGGGGGGGCUCGGUCUGGGGGCCCCAGGAACCGAGGAGGGCAAGGAAGGGAGUGUAUGGACGCAGGAGGGCGGUGCCUAGGGCUGGGGAAUGGAGUCCUGUGCGGCACCCCCACGGGGACUGUGUUUGAGGGUGACCCUGAAUGGGCAGGGGACAGACUUCAGGAAGGAAGUGAAGGAGAAGGCCCGAGGGAACCAAAGAGACCUCGCUGCCCGUCAGAGCAGGAGGCGGACUGGGAGCCGCUGGCCAAGUUCCGCGCGGCCUGUGGGCCAGAGCUGGCCGACCUGGUGGCCGAGGAGCUGUCCUUCGCCAGGCAGCACGGGACCCGGGGUUUCCACGUGACUGGGGCUGGCUUUGCCCUGAAGGACGGCACCUCGGACUUCUUCCUGGACGGCGCCCUGACGCGCUGCAGCUGCUCCAUCCACGCUGCCCGCCAUCUGCCCUGCCGCCACCUCUUCGCGGCGCGCCUCCUCACGGGGGCGGCCUUAUUCCACGUGGACCUGCUCAGGGACUGCUGGGGGAGGGCCCCGGAGUCCUGACCCUCAGCC